GAGAAACUUUCAUCUCAUCUUCCUCCGCCACCACAACCAACAACCACAACCACAACCACAACCACUACUACUACUACCACUGCCACUGCCACUGCCACUACCACACCCACUACCCACAAUCCACAACCACACAACAACAAUAACCCCAUCUCCGACAACUACAGCAGUGCAGCAGUGCAACAUGAACCUCCCGAGCAUCGUCCACCACUCCCCCGCCGGCGGUCGGCCGCUAUCGGAACACUAUGGAGGACGUUCGGUGCACCAGUAUGUCGCACAACAGCCACAUGCCUACCCUUCGCGUCCGCCAGCGCCACCGCCCUCACCACCGGUCGAGGACAACGCCAAAUGCUCGCUGCCUUCGAUCUCUACGCUGCUGGUGUAUGCGGACAUCGCCCAGCCCCACCCGAAUGCAGCAGCAGCGACCGAUAGACAGCAGAGCCAGCCUCCGCGGGGGAACCUGCCACCGACACCCCCGAUGCGCCCCGAUUCCGUCUUUGAGGGCGGUACCACCUCAUCGCCCACAAUGUCAUCGGCAUCGCCAUCGAGCUAUUACUACCCUGCACCCGCCCACCACCACGCCAGCCACCGAAACUCAUACCCUCCAGCCCAGAAGCCCAUGUACCCAUCACCGACAGAAACAACAUAUGCUGCGCAGCACCACUUCUACCCCUCGCAACACGCCGACCUGUACAGCAAGCAGCAGCAGCUGAUGGUGCCUCUGGUUGUGGCACCACCUUCGAGCUCGAACCCGUGGCACCACCACCAUCAUCAGUCGCCGGCUUCCCACGCUUCGUUCCCGCAAUCGCAGGACCGAUACAUCUGCCCCACCUGCAACAAGGCGUUCUCGAGACCGAGCAGUUUACGGAUUCACAGCCACAGUCAUACCGGGGAGAAGCCGUUCAAAUGUCCCCAUCACGGCUGCGGCAAGGCGUUCAGUGUGCGAAGCAAUAUGAAGAGGCACGAGAGGGGCUGCCAUCAAUAGCGGGGCGGGGAGGGGCAUCGAUCAAUCGACAAGACGGGCCCAGGGGGCCAUCAUGGACAGCUGGUUCGAUCCACCAGCUGCUAAAAAACUACAGAAUAAUGGAGGCCGUCGAUGACAUCUAGCCUAAGCUAUGCACGGCGGCCAGUGAAUGCUUUCCCUUUUUCUUGUGAAUUAUUUUACCCGAUUUUUCUUACUUAUUUUUUAACUAUUGGUCAUACCCGGUUUCUUUUGUAUGCACCUG